GCAAUGAAUCGUUGCAGAACGAUGUCAGGGUCCCAGCCAAAUCUUUCGUUUCAGCCACCGUGGCCUGAACCACAGCCCAAGCGUUCUAAUAGUCUGAGUGAAUUGGGCACAGGUCGUGGAUUCACUGACCCCAUUCUUUUGGAAGGAGUUGGUAGUGGAACUUAUUCAGUUGUUUACAAAUGCAAGUUGGAAAAUAAUGGACCUAUACUGGCGGCAAAAGUAAUGAAGAUGAAUCCCUCCGAAGGUGCUCCAGGAACGGCUAUUCGGGAAGCCAGUAUCCUCAGACUACUUAAGCAUGAUAAUAUUGUCACCUUACAUGAAGUCAUUUAUAAGCCUGGGCAACUAACACUGAUACUCGAAUACAUUGAAGACAACCUCUCCACGUACAUGAUGAAAUGCGAUUUGCCAAGGGACAGUGAUACUGUUCAACGAUUUUCCAUUCAUUUAUUUCAAGGUCUGACAUACAUACACAGAAUGAAAAUUAUUCACAGAGACUUGAAACCUGACAAUCUUCUGAUUACAAACAGUGGCGUUUUAAAGAUAACAGAUUUUGGUAAGUUCUCGUGGAGCCAAGGCGAUUUCAAAAGAAUGGCUCGGCAGAAAUUCGCUCCAAUGUGUGACUUGGGGAAACGUGUUGUAACCCUUUGGUACAAAGCACCAGAAAUUCUCCUAGAGGGAUGCAAAUACGACUUUGGUAUUGACGUAUGGAGCGCUGGGUGCAUAGUCUACGAGAUGAUGAACGGUGAAGUACUCUUUGAGGGAUCCAAUCCUCUUACUCAGAUUUGUAGAAUCUUCCAAGUGCUUGGCAUGCCCCCACUUUCAUAUUGGCCGGAUUUGAGAUGCAAUCAAACAUUUCAAAAGAUUCAAGAGAUAUUGGAGAAAUGUUAUCCUACUGUUGGACCGACGUUGGAAAUAUAUGACAUAAAAACUCACCUUAAAAACAGUUUCACCAAUUUGUCGAAUCGCCAUUGGCGCGAACAUGCAGAUGCUUUUGAUCUAUUAGAAGCCUGUCUGCAACCAUACGAACCAAAACGUAUUACUGCAAAGGAGGCUUUGGAUAUGGAUUUCUUGGUUAAACGUGUGAUUCCGUCUCAAAACUUCCAAGCGCACGGUUUGGUGUCCUGGAAGCGUUGUAGUCAGACUAGCACAUUGUCUAACUCGAAAGCGAUCUUCUCCAUUACUGAGGUUAACAACGACCCUAGUGCGAGGCGGGGUCUCGACUAUGUGCCCCAGCAUUCAAAGAGCUCUCUGAGAUUUAUUGGAGAAAUAGCAUGCGGUCCUAUCGCAAAUCUAGAACAUGGGCAGGCCGUUUUCAUUCAUCGCGAACUCCUCCUCUUCCCCCUCGUUCAUCAAUGCCGCUAA